AAAAAAAAACAUAGGUACUUUACGUUAUCGAUGAUAAGACACACUUAAGACAAAACCGAUUCUUAAGAAAAUGAUUGCUUUAUUAUAAUACUAGCAAACAAUAUGUCCUUUUACAUAGUUCUAUUAUUAUUGGUCGUUUCUUCUACCUCGUGGUCACAACUACUUGUUUCCCUACCAAAUGGCCAAAUUCACGGACACAGAUUGCAAACUUUCACCAAUAAAACCUAUCAUGCCUACCAAUCGAUUCCUUAUGCAACUCCACCAUUGGGUGAAUUAAGAUUCCAGGCUCCUCAACCGGCUCAAAACUGGACAGGAAUUUUAAACGCCACCAAAGAUAGCCGCAUAUGCUUUCAACUAAACAGCGAUUCUCCUAAAGAAAGCGAAGAUUGCCUUUACAUAAACGUAUUCACUCCAGUUUUAGACAGAGUAAACCAAACCAAUAAAUUACCUGUAAUUUUUUGGAUAUAUGGAGGUGGUUUAAGAAACGGAGCUGCACAGUUUCGAACAUAUAGACCCGAUUAUUGGAUGGAUGAAGAUGUUAUUCUGGUAACUCAUAAUUACAGAGUAGGUAUUUUUGGAUUUUUAUCCACAGGCGAUAGCGUUAUUCCUGGAAACAAUGGCCUAAAAGAUCAAGUUCUUGCCCUGCAAUGGACCUACGAUAAUAUUCAUCUAUUUGGAGGUGACAAAGAAAAAAUUACUGUUCAUGGACAAAGUGCAGGAGCUGUGUCGGCUAGCUACCAUCUUCUAAUAAAACAAUCGGCAGGAUUAUUCAGAUCAGUGAUUGCUGAGAGUGGCUCACCAAUGAAUAUUUAUUCCUUCAUCCAGAAUCCUAAAGAAUAUGCUAUUGAGCUUGCUCAUGGUAUAAAUUCGAAUUUUUCAUUGAAUGCUAGUAGUCUGGAAAUAAGAGAUUAUUUAUUGAGUUUGGAUGGGAGAACUAUUGAUAGAUUUUCUAGAGCACCAAAAAUUUCUCAACCAGCUAUAGCUUUCGAACCAGAAAGCCCUAGUGCAGUAGUAACCAAAGAAAUGUAUGAAAUGUUUGAUUCUGGAGAUUUUUACAAGGUACCAGUUCUUAUGGGGAUAUGCUCAGAAGAAGCUUUAUUUAUUGCAAAGUCCGACGCAUAUUUAAGAAAGCUUGGUCGUACCUAUGACACAGAUUCCUCUUUAGUAGUGCCAAGUAUAUUUCCACAUAAUGAAAAUAUUGACAAAAAAGUAAUUGGCGAUUCUAUUAAGUUGGUUUAUUUGAAUGAGACUGAAAAAUGGACUGAGCAUCCAGGAAGAGUAGUCAGGCAUUACAGCGACCAAAGGUUUACUAGAGCAAUAAUUAAACAAGGAAAACUACUUUCACAAUACGUUCCAGUAUUUUUCUAUGAGUUUUCCUAUGAUGGGGAUGUUGGUGGUUGGAGUACUGUUGUGGAAGAUGCUGAAAAAGUUGAACAUGCUGAAGAGUUAUAUUAUGUAUUUCUCAACAAAGGCUUGAGUAAAAUAAGUGAAUCUGAUGCACUGACUCAUAAAAGAUUGGUCAGAUUGUGGUCGAAUUUCAUUAAAUUCGGAAAUCCAACUCCUGACUCAGAUGAACUGGUUCAAAAUAUCGUUUGGCCUAAAGUAUCUCCUACAAACUACCAAUACUUGAACAUUAAUUAUACCCUGCGCAUUCAAACCAAUCCAAAGGAAGAAUUUUUCUCCAAGUGGGAACGCAUUUUUGAUAGUUAUGGAAAGAGGCCAUUCACGACAUAUUAAAUUACAAGGACGGGACAUACCUACAGUUGCGGACUCAUCAUUUUUUGUCUAGUCUGUGAAAUUUCUACAAAAAAAUAGUACCUAGUAACUUACGGAACCAUAGAUAUUCUAAUAAAAAUGAUUAUAUUUAACUUAUACUACAGAAAUUAAAGUCAAUCCAAAAAUA